AUGGAGGGCUCUGUGGUGGAGGAUCUCGGAGCCCCAGAGUCAUGGGAGGUCGCCGGUUUGGACGAGGCCAUGAACCGCCUUAUGCUUUCCUCCAACAAAGACUCCAAGCCCCAAGACCUCAACGAUGUCUCGCCUUUGGUUUCCUCGGCUUCUGAUGCUUCUGAUAAGUUUUCCGAGGAUGCCCUCAAUCAAGUCGACCAAUUCCUUCGCGAGGCCUUGCAAAACCCUAGGGAGCGCCUGUCAAUUUUACGGAUGGAGCAAGAUGUUGAGAAGUUUAUCCGUGAUCCUAUUCAGCAGCAGCUAGAGUUUCAGCAGUUGCCCACUUCUUAUUUACGAUUGGCUGCACACCGUGUGGCUCAACAUUAUUCACUUCAGUCAAUGGUUUUAUUAGAUAAUAAUUUACCUGAUGGCUCUGGUUCCAGAAUUAUUGUCCGUAAAACUUCUGAGUGUCGACUCCCUCAGAUUCGCCUUGCAGACAUACCUGUUAGUUUACCAUCAGAAGACGGUGGUGUUACUAAGGUUGCAAUAAAACAGAGGCCACAGAAACGGUCACAGACUGCCAACAAUGCAAAUUCAAAUUCGGCAAAAUCAAACAGUUCCAAAACUGUUGAAGAACGGAAAGAAGAGUAUAACAGGGCUCGCGCACGAAUAUUUAAUUCGAGUAUUAAUAUGAGUGGCAGUUCAAGUGGGAAAUCAGAAAGUGAACCAAGAAUGCAGGAUACUCCACAACAUGUUCCCUUGGUGAUGCCAAAGGUGGAAGAUAAGUCAAGUGUUUCUGAUUUACAUUCUGGUAGGGGUUUAAUUGAGUCCUCAACAAGUAGCAGUAGAACAGCUAGAAGUAGGCCAGAGAAGGAGCCAGUUGGGCGGUACAAACCAAAUAAUAGGGUAGCUAUAUUUAGGGAUCGUGAGAUUGAUCGGAAGGACCCUGAUUAUGACCGGAGCUAUGACAGGUACAUGCAAAGAUUCGAUCCUGGGUUUGGAUUCACUGGUGGACCGUAUACCAUCCAGCCUAUGUAUACACCUGCAUUGAACUACAACACCGAAUUUCCUCAACUUGGUGCUGCUCAUAGGCCUCAGAUUUCUACUGAACAUCAACCUCGGCCUCUUCCACAACACCUACCUGGGCCUUGGGUUGCACCAUCAGUGCCUGCAGGAAUUGGUUAUGGUCAUCCGGAGACUAUAAUCACACCAUUUAAUGCGAAUCAUGUUGGUGCGCGAUCUACAUCUGGCAUAUAUCUGCAUUCAUCCCAGUAUCCUUGUCAGCGCCCUGGAAUGCCCUUUCUCCAUCCUCAUGAACACAUUCACCAACCUUUUUCACAGUCUCAUCAACAGCAACCUGAUGCAAGUUUUGGGUUAGCCCGGCCCCGGAGUGCAGGCAUAGAGAACCAAGGUGGGCUUGAGUGGAUGGAUCAAUUCUAUGGACACCUGCAUCAUCCAUUCCCCCCUUCCUUGGUUGCAAUGGAAGCUUCUCCCAUCCAUGAUGAAUGA